AUGCAGUAUAAAACAAUGGAGUCCCCCUUCUUGCACAGGCAGAGCACAAGGGAAAGAGUGAAUGACAGCGCCUUCUCAAGGUUCCUUCUCCUAGGCUUCUCCAACAGGCCUCAGCUGGAGAUGCCUCUCUUUAUAGUCAUCCUGAUCGUCUACUUCUUGAGCUUUCUUGGCAAUGGCAUGAUUAUACUUCUGUCGCAGAUGGACAUUUGCCUGCACACCCCCAUGUAUUUCUUCCUCUCCAACCCCUCUUUCAUGGAUCUUUGUCUGACCACCUGCACCGUCCCUCAGACGCUGGCCAACCUCAAGGAGCGGGACAAGACCAUCACCUAUGGUGGCUGCGUGACCCAGCUCCUCAUCGCCCUGGGGCUCGUGGUCAUGGAGUGUGUGCUCCUGGCCAUCAUGGCCUAUGACCGCUCCAUUGCCGUGUGUUGCCCACUGCACUACCUCGCCAUCAUGCACCCGCAUCUCUGCCUGCAGAGGGUGCUAACUGCUUGGCUCACAGGGUUUGGCAACUCGGUGCUACAGACGGCCCUGACCAUGACUCUUCCCCUGUGUGGGAGAAACCAGGUGGACCAUCUCUUCUGUGAAGUUCCCGUGAUGCUGAAGCUGGCCUGUGCCAAUACCUCCAUCAACGAGCCUGAACUCUUCACGGUCAGUGUCUUCUUCCUCAUGGUGCCCCUGUCGGUCAUCUUAGUGUCCUAUGGCCACAUCACCCAGGCCGUUCUGAAGCUAAAGUUGGCCCAGGGGAGGUGGAAGGCCUUCGGAACCUAUGGUUCCCACCUGAUGGUGGUGGUCAUCUUCUUUGGCACACUCAUCUCCGUGUACCUCCAGCCUCCCUCCAGUUAUUCGCAGGAUAUGAACAAAAGCAAUGUGCUGUUCUACACUCUGGUGACUCCCCAGCUGAAUCCCAUCAUUUACACUCUGGGGAACAAGGAGGUCAAGGGGCACUGA